AAUGAAGGGGGUCCGGUAAUAAGAUACCUAAGUGGGUGGACCUCACCCUGGACGCUUCCUCCCUUUUUCAUAACUAAACACAAACAUUCUAUAUAACCAACCAGCCCACUUUAAUUACUCAAACAAUUGCUUUCAUAUCUUUUCUAUCCUUCUCUCAGUUAAGAUCAAGAAUUGUAGUUUUGCAGAAAUGGCAAUGAAAGCGGCUGCUGUAUUUGUUGUUUUGAUAGCGGUUCGGGCAGUUUAUGGAGCAGAUAUCAUCGUUGGGGGGAACUCAGGGUGGAGUCAGGGGGUUGAUUACGACACCUGGGCUGCAGGACAGAAGUUUAAUGUUGGCGACGCACUAGUGUUUAAUUAUGGUGGCAGUCACUCAGUGGACGAGGUGAAAGAAGCGGACUACACGGCAUGCUCCUCCAGCUCGGUUAUCAAAUCCCACACAGGCGGAACCACGUCCAUUCCUCUGUCAGCGGUAGGGCCAAGGUACUUCAUUUGUUCCACUAUCGGCCACUGUGCCUCCGGCAUGAAGCUUCAAGUCAAUGUUCUUGCUGCCAAUUCCACCCAAAACCCAACCCCAACCCCAACCGCAAACCCACCACCCACCGGCACUCAACCGCCUCCAUCUCCAAGCGCAGCCGCCCCCUCUGCUUUCUUCACUCUCAACCACUUCAUCUUUGGAGCUUCAGUUGCCACCCUGUUUGCGUUAUGAGAGCGUGAACCAGCCUGGAAAGAUGCAGUGCUUUCUAUCUAUUUUCUAUUUAUUGAUUGAAUAAUUUGCUUUUCCUCUUUUGUAUUUCCUUGGCUUCCUCUCUUGCUUUUUUAUCCAGCCGCCCAUAUGUGUAAUGGGAUCCAUUUGUGAGUUCUCUAUUAUUGAAAUUGAAUUAUUAAAACCCCCUUUUCUUUCUGCUA